CACAGUGUGUCCGUGUGUGUGUGUGUUGGUCUGCCCACGUUUUUCCUGUCCCCAUUUCUCCCUCCUCCUCCUCCGCUCACAAAAGGUGUGUCACCGGAGUGACGUCACCCCAUACCUGAGUUUCGGUGAGGAAAAGGGGAAGGACGCGGCCGAGUGGAAAACAUCGGCUGUCCAAGAUAAACCCCCGAGCUGCUGCUGUUGUAGUUUCCCUGCGCUGCCUGUGCGCACUUAUCGUCGGUGAUCGGUGAUCGAUGACCCGGUAGUUGCAGGAAGAAGCUCGGUGGAUCCACAGCUGUCGCUGUUCACAGGCCGUGAAGCCCAGACCUCUCCCACUUCCUGGAUCUCCACAGGCAGGAUGUCCGUCACCCCUCGACGUGUCCGCUUGAAGCCCUGGCUGGUGGCACAGGUGGACAGUGGGCGGUACCCGGGGCUGGUGUGGAUCGACCGCGAAGCCAUGCGCUUCAAAAUCCCAUGGAAGCACGCGACGCGGCACACACCUCAGCACGAGGAUGAAGACACCAUAUUUAAGGCCUGGGCCGUAGAAACGGGCAAAUUCCACGAGGGAGUGGACGAACCCGAUCCCGCAAAGUGGAAAGCUCAGCUGCGAUGUGCGCUGAACAAGAGCCGAGAGUUUAACCUCAUCUACGACGGCACGAAGGAGGUCCCCAUGAAUCCUCUGAAGGUGUACGACGUCUGCGACAUCCCACAACCGCACAGCAACCAAGCCGCCUCAGAUGCCGGUUCCUGGACUCCUCAAGAUGAGGACAGAGUCGAGGAGGACAUUCCAGACACACCGGAAUCCCUUCCUCCGUAUCCAUCCAACGGUCCAAGUCCGUCUCCUCUCAUCAUGUGGUCUCCCAUGGGUUCAGAACAUUCCACGCAGCCUUCGAGUUGCCCCCCCUCAAACGAGUCCUGGCCCAAAGAGGAGCCAGUAAAGAUCUGGCCCAAAGAGGAGCCGGUGGAUGUGGAGAUGCAGCCCGUGGCCUUGGUCAACCCCAUCCUGCAGCCGUCUCCUUUGACUGAUGCGCUCUUCGCUUCUCCAGAGACGUGGAUCAGUUCUCUCCCCAUGACAGACCUGGAGGUGCAGUUUCUGUACCGAGGGAAGGAGAUGUGCCCCACCAUCACCGUCAGUAACCCACAGGGCUGCAGGCUCUUCUACGGAGACCUGGGUCCGAUGGUCAACCAGGAAGAACUGUUUGGACCGAUCAACCUGGAGCAGCUGCGUUUCCCCACCACGGAGCACAUCACCAACGACAAGCAGAAAUUUUUCACUAACCGGCUGCUGGAUGUGAUGGACAGGGGUCUGAUCCUGGAGGUCACCGGCCAUGACAUCUACGCCAUUCGCCUCUGCCAGUGUAAGGUGUACUGGUCCGGUCCCUGCGCUCCGAAUCCAACUGCCCCAAAUCUUAUAGAACGACAGAAGAGGAUCAAACUGUUUUGCCUGGAGACGUUCCUCAGCAGUGUGAUCUGCCAGCAGCGCGGUCAGACAGCAGAACCACCGCAGUACGAGAUUGACCUGUGUUUUGGAGAGGAGUGGCCUGAUGGGAGGCCCCGGGAGAGGAAACUCAUCAUGGUGCAGGUGAUUCCAGUGGUGGCUCGCAUGAUAAGUGAAAUGUUUUCGGGAGACAACACGCGGUCCUUCGACAGCAGCAGCGUGCGUCUGCAGAUUUCCAUCCCUGACAUUAAAGACAACAUCGUGUCCCACCUCAAGCAGCUGUACAGUCUGCUGCACAACCACCAGGGGCAGGAGGGUUGGGCCUUACCCCCCGGCUCUGCUCUGCCCAUCACCCAGGCCCUGCAGACGCAGUGAAGAAAUCCACGGGGAAAUACCUGUGCUCUACUUAGACUUUGUAGCAAAGAAGUACUUAUGUUGUAAUCCUAUUUAGACGUGUGUAACAUGUAGCGUAGGAUACAUUUGAUUUUCUUCUUCUUGUGUAUAUACAGGGGUUUGUUUUAUGUCGUAGUAUCUGUGCAGCGUCCUUCACAGGACAAAGUCCCUCUUUGCCGUGAGGGAAUAUUUAACACAGUUAAUGAGUUACAGAAAUGUCUCUUUGUACAGAAGCAGGUCAACAAUUAUCCAGGACUUCCAAGGAUCUGUGUUUAAGGCUACUGAGUGAAUGUUUUUUUUUUUUUGACACCAUAAUCGAGGGAUUUGUAUAUUAGUGUAGAAACACCAGCCCAGAAUAAAAAAAAAUCCAGUCUUCAAUCAUAGUCAAAGGUCCUAAUCCGUUUUAUUCUCCCCUCUAUUCUGUAAAAUAUGGCUUUUUUACAUGUUUCAUUUUUAGACUCAUUUUAUCCUCUGUCCCCCUGGUGGCCAACGGAAUCACAUUCGGCUACAGGGAAACUGUUUUAAUACUGAUACCACUGCACUUUGGGUUGCUGAAUUAUGACUAGAUGAAUGUAAGUGCAUUUAUCCUGUGAUUCUAUGUUUAUUUUAUCAAUAAAAGUGACAAAAUAUGGA